CUUAUCUUCCUUCUAAAAGGUGUAGAUUUUGCCGCGCGUCCAAAAUUUUGAUACCUCUUUUUUUUUGUUUUAUUUCAGAACCAUUUCUUUUUAAAAAAAAACAUGGAUUACGCAAUGGAAGCAAGUUCAGUACCCAUCGAACAUAAAUUCGAGCCUUAUGAUGACAAUGGAGGUACUUCUUUAGCUGUUGCAGGAAAGGAUUUUUGUAUUGUCGCUUCCGAUACCAGACAAAGUACCGGUUACAGCAUCAACUCUAGAUUUUCACCAAAGUCAUAUAAAUUAUCAGAAACUUCUGUUAUCGCUAUGAACGGUUUCCAUGCUGAUGGUUUAACCUUGAAGAAAGUUCUUGAUCAAAAGCUCAAGUGGUAUAAAUUUUCUCAUGAAAAGGAUAUGUCAGUUACAGCUGUCGCACAAAUGUUAUCCAUUACAUUGUAUCAAAAGAGAUUUUUCCCCUACUAUAGUUUCUGUAUUGUAGGUGGUGUUGAUGAGGCCGGUAAAGGUGCUGUAUACUGUUAUGACGCUAUUGGAUCAUUCGAACGUGAAUCAUACCGUGCAAGUGGUUCAGCUUCAGCAUUAAUUCAACCCUUUUUGGAUAAUCAAGUAGGAAAGAAAAAUCAGACAAACAGAACCUUUGGGGACAUGGAAUUGGAUGAAGCUAUCAAGAUUGUUAAAGAUGCAUUCACUUCUGCCACUGAGCGUGAUAUUUAUACAGGUGAUAACCUUCAAAUCUUUAUCAUUCGUAAAGACCAACCCGUAGAAGUGCAAGUUCACGAGUUAAAGAGAGAUUAAAUAGCUUUUUUUUAAUACAAAAUGGGAA